AUGCAAAUGAAUCCGAAUAAAAGCCCACCGAUUUCCAUUAAUUUCCCACUUUUUACAAUGUCAAAAUUUCUGCUUUUCAUCUCAAUUUCAGCAGUAGCAACAGCUUCAGAUUUAGUGGAAGUUUUUGGUAUUUCUAGAUGUCCGGAUACAUCGAAAUUUAUUCAUAAUCAACUGGUUCCGUUUUAUCAGAAUUACAAGGGAAAUCUGUCGGACGGGCUUAAGCUUGAUUUUCAUGCGGUACCUACAGGUGGACACCAGGUUGAUGGAAAAUAUGUAAACCGAUGCCUCCACGGAGCUCUCGAAUGUGCUCUCAACAAACUACAAAUGUGCUCAAAAAAGCACAUUAAACAAGACUGGCUCGUCACAGCCGGAUGUAUUCAAGGAAAAACGGCAUAUUCUGCUGGUUUGAAAUGUUUGCCGGACACUGAGGAAGGGAAAAUUGUUCAAAACUGUGCCGAAUCGGAGGAAGGAGAAUAUUUGUUGAAUGAUGAGAAUUCGUAUCGUUACAAUGUGGCGCCACACUCGGCUUGGCUUCCAUGGAUUCAAGUAAACGGAGAACGCAAUAGAAACGCAGAAUUUAAGCUGAAAGACGUGAUUUGCCAGCUCGAAUCGAUGAAAGGCAAUGAGAUUUGCAAAUAAUUAGAGAUUUUUUUUUUUUGAAAUGAAGUCUUGAAUAAAGUGGUUAAAGGGAAGAAA